AUGGCAGCUUCUUCCUCCAACAACAACGGCCCGAACCCGAACCCAAUCCCUAACCCGUCAUUCAGAGUGUUCGACCCGAACUCCAUCCCCAACACCACCUUCGUCCAAGCCGACCCCUCCACUUUCCGGGCCGUCGUCCAGCGCCUCACCGGCGCCGCCGCGGCUAAGCCCCCCGGAAAACCCAUCUCCGGCGAGGUGGGCCCCCGGAGGCCCGCCUUCAAGCUCCACGAGAGGCGGCCCACUGCCCGCAAGCUGGAGGUCAAGCUCGGCGCGGCCGCCGCCGCCCUGAACUCGCCGGUGUCCCCGCUGGACUACCUAUCCGCGGCGGCGCGUGGGAGUCCACGGACCCCGAUGGAAGAGGAGGAGAGGGCCAUAGCCGAGAAGGGAUUCUACCUGCACCCGAGCCCGUUGAACACUCCCAGGGGAUCCGACCCGCCGGAGCUCCUCCCUUUGUUCCCGCUCCGAUCGCCCAGGGAUAAUUGCGGCUAG